ACCACCUGCUUUUCCCCCAAAAGUUUCGACCAGCCAUCAUAUCACGGAGAGGCUGCCUUUCACCGAUGCUCUGCCCUGGCCCGAAGAGAGAUUCGCCUAAGGACCCGUCUCGCUAGACGAUUUGGAAGCGUUCUGGCGCGCUCUCUCUGGCCCCAGGUUCUCAGCAAGCGAUUUGAGACAUCUACGUGAGCUUGGUGCGAUUCACAACGUGGAGGCCUGGCUCCAAGGUGGAGCAGACAUUUGUGAGCUCGAAGUCCUCCGGAGGAAUGUAACCCGUCGUCCUUGGACGAGACUUGUAGCCCUUAAAUGCCGUCUCGACUUUAUUCAACCACUCUUCGAAAGAGAGGCAUUCGGGAAGACGGACAUCAUCACUGUCUUAAAGAGCUAUCUGGCAGCGGAAAUUCAAUAGGGAGCAGGCCUAAGACACGCAAUCGUGGAAGUCCCUGCUCUGAAAGAGAAGGCUCCUUCGCUUCCCAUCUCGCACGUAUCCUGGACAAUGAUGUGAUGGAUUCCAUAUCAAGCAGACACAGUAACGCUCAAAAUUCUAGAAACCUUGAUGGACUGCCUACAGUGCGCCUAAUUCUGACAAUUCGACACCGCAUUGAUCACGCCUUAUCAUACCACACAUCCGAAGACUGACCCAGCAUAUGACUUCUGCUGACUGACCAAUGAGAACGACAUUUGAAUUGUACAUAACGUCUAUUUCAAGGUCGAUGAAGGCGAAGCAUGUUUUAGUCGAGCUAAUGGCUCUGCGAUUGGUCUAUCUGUUGAUUCAAAAAAAAUUUUUAAAACGAAGCCGAGAAUGAUCUUGCGUUUUCGCAAACUCGUUCUCCAAGUGGCUUGGACGUUGUCAUAACGAAGCGUAUUCCAACCGCAGAAGAAGAGUGAAAAUGCACAAAAAUUCUCGGUGCAUUCCUAGGAACCUGAAAAAUACAAUGUGGGAGCUUGGAAAUCAAAUGCUCAUGCCGUCAUAUACAGUUCUAGAUGCCUAAGAUUCGCCAAAGCGUACUGCGUGAACCGCCCAUGCAAGCAUUUUUCGAGCAAUACCAGUCGAAUCUUUCGACACCCGUCAUACCCCUGAAUCGCUUCAUACUAUCUAUAAUCACCCUUUCGGCGGUUCCAACCCCACUGUGGCAUACAUCUCCUCAGCUGAAACCGUUCUCCCAACGGCACUACCUGACUCUUGAUAUUGAUGCAAAUCUACCGCUAGCAGGACUAUUCUGUGUCUCCCAUUCUCUUCUUCUACAUCGGCGACGACGACUGUGUGUUCCUCACCUUGCCUGUCCAAGAUUCGCACUAGUGUAGCAUGCUUUGGCUCCAGCACUUCUCCAGAAUCGAGUUCGAUGGGAUAUGGAGUUAACGGUCCGUCUGUACGAAAUAGAGGUGGUUCAGACAGCGAAUGCCUGCUGGAACCUGAGUUCCUCUUGCGUGGCGGUGCUGUCUUCAUCCUGGUGUCGAUUGAAGAAUCGAGCCCUGAAACAGAAGCUGCUGUGCGGUUGAGAAGGUUUUCCACGAAACUUUUAUGGAUGGACUCGACUUUUUCACUGUCCGCAGCGGAUGUGACAAGUGGACUACUUAUUGGGCCACAAGACGGCGUUUGGUUUUCAUGUGGAUGUGUUGUCCCACCCCAUAAUGCUAGCUGUUGACGAGCUGAGAAGCUCCGUUUAUUUGGACGCAAAGUCCUCUGCAACGAAGAAAAGAAAGGUCGG